AUGGCUGCCUUCAACUACCUAAGUGUACGUACCAUCUUCAUACAUGUCAGCAGGCACGCGCUGGCCACAAAAAAAGAGAGCGAUCCUAUGGAGAGUACCAUCGAGACAGGAAGGCUUAGUGGCAACAUGAAGACAGUGCACAGGCGAAGCGACUCAGGUCUUUUCCCGGAGUUGCGACUUGAGAUCGGGUCGGGCUCCUCCUCGCCCAGCGGAUCGCCCUCGUCGCGUCCGCCCUCGGCGUCUUCGCCCAUGCCCCAGCCAAUCCAGCAGAUUGGCGACCUUCGUGAGGACGUUUUCAAGACGUUCUCCAAGGGCUGGCCCUCCUGGAACGGCCCUGACCCCCGCGAGCCCAAGUUCACCAUCCGGCUUGCGAAGCAGCUGCGGGAAGAGGCUGCGCGCCAGCAUUUUGUGGAAGACCCCGCCAAGAUCAUUCACACUGUGCGGGCCGGCUCGCAGAGAAGCUCUUCCGCGAAGUCCGCUGAAGCUUGGGAAAGCCUGGAGGGCGCACUGGUGCAGCUGGUCUAUUCCUCCAACUUGAUCGAGUCCGCUGGGAAUAGCCUGCGAGUGACCAUCAAUCUUUGCCAGGCUGUGUUCCGCGGUGAGGCGCACGUGAUCCGGUCGCGCCGCGAGAUUGUGCAACACGCACAAGCCUUGACCUUCAUCAUUGAUCAUACCGUGAUGAACAAGGAGCCGUGGUCCGAGGCGCUAAUCCUCGAAGCACAUCGCAUCCUCUAUACCAGCCUCGACUCGGACGUCGAAGCCGGAAAGUACCGCACCUACAAGGUAGCCGUCAAAUACGAAAAGCCUGGCCAGCAACGGGCCAAGGCAAGCCAGUACAUGCGAGCGAAGGUCGUCCCAAAAUACAUGAAGGAAAUGGUCGAGAAUCUUAACCAGGACAUGCAAGAGGCAGAGAAGACUGGCAGUAUCGACCCCUAUACGCUCGCCGCUCACUACCACCAUCAAUUCGUCAACAUCCACCCGUUCGGCGACGGCAACGGCCGGAUGUCGCGGAUCAUCCUCAAUGCGAUCCUGCUUCGUUACGCCGGCCACGUGGCAGAGAUCGGCCUUGACGACAAUGAGCGGGAUGAGUACCUGCGGAUUGCAACCCGAGCGUCCAAAGUUUUCCAUGCCGAGAACAUGGAAAUCGACUUUCACCAGCACACCCGCCAUUUUGAAUUGGCCAAGUUCGUUCUCACCAAGUCGAAAAGGAAUCUAGAGAGAUUGUGGAACUGGGCAACCAGUACGAAUGACGGAGAUGAGGCAUAA